AUGUCUUUGAACUUGGAAGAACCAGACGAACUACAUCCUUACUUGUUCGAUUCAGAGAAGCAAUGGGUCGAAUACCAGCCUUUUCUUCUACAGCACGGAUAUAUGCUUCGUCCACGGUACAACCCUAAAUGGCGGUCUCUCUACUGGAACGCCCCGGUGAAACGCAAGUGGUGGAAAUUUGGGACGACCCAGAAAGCCAUGGACAGAGAAGAUGAUCUGCAUAGCUUCGUCUUGUAUGCCCUGGACGCCGUCCGUGUGUCAGACAACACGAAGGUGGUGGUCAAGCGUUUCCCUACCAACAGCCGCGAAGCGACGAUUCAUCGAUACCUGGACUCGCCCGAGCUGCGCAGCGACCCCAGAAACCACACAAUUCCGCUGCUCGAUGUCAUGGUUAUGCCCGACACUCCCUGGAGCUUCCUCGUUACCCCCUAUGCGCGCGAAAUCGACUAUCCGCCAUUCCACUGUCGUCUUGAAUUCGUCGAGUGCAUGACACAGUAUAUAGAGGGCUUGGAGUUCAUGCACGAACACAACAUUGCACAUUUGGAUAUAGCGCGGAAGAACAUGCUUAUGGACGAGUCGCGUGUGGUCCCCGAGGGCUCACAUUUUGGCGAAAGCAGAAGUCAUCAGGGGCACCCCGGUCUAUUCCGCUGGCGAGACCGGUGCGCCGUCGGGCCGGUCCCGUACUACUACAUCGACUUUGGCCUCUCCCACCGCUUCCCAAACGGCAAAGACACGGCGCGGGUCAAAGGAAAGCUGCGCACGUUUCCGGAGAUCCCCGAGCUGUCCGACAAUGUGUCCUACAACCCAUUCCCCGUCGACAUUUACCAGCUUGGGUUGACGAUUCAUAAAAUCAUCUAUUGCUACCUCGACUUGGAGAUCUUCCGUCCAGUGGCCGACGGGAUGACGGUGGCCGAGCCCACCCAGCGCAUAUCGCCCACACAAGCUUUGGAACGCCUCCGUAGCAUUGUUGAGGCGAUACCUCCCCAGCAGCUCCGCGAACAGAUCUGGGACACCGCUGCCACUCCCAAACACAAAGCAGACCGCCAAAAGCUCGGCGGGUAUCGGUAUGACUGGAGGGACGAACGUGAUGAUGCGUUGUAUGGAGUGCACCCAUGGGAGUUGCCGUCCUCUACGUUCAUGAAGAAGAGGGAGAUGUCGCAGGGAUCCUAG